CAUAACUGUGGGCGGCUGCAGUCUGGGGCCCCAGACAGCCAGCCUCCCUCAACUGAGCUGACAACAUGAAGACCCUCCCAGCCCUGCCACUGCUGUUGCUGCUGCUCUCCACGCCUCCUCCCUGCGCCCCGCAAGCCUCCGGGAUCCGGGGAGAUGCUCUGGAGAAGUCCUGUCUUCAGCAACCCCUGGACUGUGAUGAUAUCUACGCCCAGGGCUAUCAGGAAGACGGUGUGUACCUCAUCUACCCUUAUGGCCCCAGUGUGCCAGUGCCAGUUUUCUGUGACAUGACAACCGAGGGUGGCAAGUGGACGGUUUUCCAGAAAAGAUUCAACGGCUCAGUGAGUUUCUUCCGGGACUGGAACAACUACAAGCUGGGCUUUGGCCGUGCUGACGGGGAGUACUGGCUGGGGCUUCAGAACCUGCACCUCCUGACACUGAAGCAGAAGUACGAGUUGCGCGUGGACUUGGAAGAUUUUGAGAACAACACAGCCUAUGCCAAAUACAUUGACUUCUCCAUCUCCCCCAACGCGGUCAGCGCUGAGGAGGACGGCUAUACCCUCUACGUGGCUGGCUUCGAGGAUGGUGGGGCAGGUGACUCACUGUCCUACCACAGUGGCCAGAAGUUCUCCACCUUUGAUCGAGACCAGGACCUCUUUGUGCAGAACUGUGCAGCCCUCUCCUCAGGAGCCUUCUGGUUCAGAAGCUGCCAUUUUGCCAAUCUCAACGGCUUCUACCUGGGUGGUUCCCACCUCUCCUAUGCCAAUGGCAUCAACUGGGCCCAAUGGAAAGGCUUCUACUACUCCCUCAAGCGCACAGAGAUGAAAAUUCGUCGGGCUUGAGGGGCUGACCCAAGCAGGCCCUAUCUCUCCCCUGAAAGUCCCAAGUCUCCAUGUUCUCCCUCCAUGCCCUACCCACAAUUCCUGCGCACCAGUUAUGCCCUGGCAAAUCCCUGUCCCACAUACAGCCAGGCCCUGUUGCAUUCCACCUGAGGCUAGGCUGUCAGCAGCCCUCCAGGCCUUUCUGUGGCCAAGCCAUCCCAGCCUGGAUCUGGCUGAAACCCAAAAAAACUCCAAGUUGCUUCUACCCCUUCACAACAGCUAAAAGCCAGAAGCUACCUUCUAGCUGCCAGCUUAUGCAUUCCACCUCAGCAGUUUCCUUACUGCAGGCCCGUCUGUUUGAGGCUACCAUGGACAGAGUAAUGCAGCACCUAUGGCAUUGCCAAUCAGCUCGUGCAUGGCCACUGCCACACCCCAGCACUCGCAUAGCUCUCCUCAGAAUAUUUCCUACCUUGGUCUCAUCAACUUACUCCCUAAGUGAGCAUCAUGGAGCCCAACCCCAUCUACCUUCACUCAUCCCUCAAAAUUCAACACCAAAACGAUACUCACCAUAGCUGCUGCUCAUCAACUCUGAAGUAGCCAUGGCAAAGAUAGGCUUGUUGACUUGGUCCCCUACUUGCCCUAGGGAUUGUCAUGGGAGGCAGCAGAGAACAAUCUGUGGGGCUGGGAGUGGGCGGGAAGUAGCCGUCUCAAUAAACCUUCAGGAUCUGAUGGACCGGC